ACAAACUGAGACUGUUUAGAAAUUUGCCUAGAUUUCCGCGGCCUGGAAGUCAAAUGCUUGGCGUGGCCAGGCAAGGUUAAGGUGUCGAUGAAUAAGAAUUAUUUUAAAACGCAAAAUAAUGAAAGUGUACUCAUAUUGUCAGAGUUUUAAACUGACAAAUUAUCUGAAAGCUUGUGAGAGUAAAGGUAUUGGCAUCGAUCGACCUUAGAAAUAUUUUAAAACCCAAUACAAUGAAAGUGUACUCAUAAUGUUGACAGAGUUUUAGAUUGACAAAUUACCUGAAACUCUAUGAGAGAGAAAGUGUGGGUAUUGAUGACAUAAGAAUGCCUUGCCUGGCCACGUCAAGCAUUUGACUUCCAGGCCGCGGAAAUCUAGGCAAAUUUCUAAACAGUCUCAGUUUGUGGAUGAUACGCUAUUUAGCUUCUUCAUUUCACCGCCAAAGUGCGGAGCAGUCACUUUACAUGGCAUCCGGCAUCCUCGCGCUCUGAUUGGUCAGUGUUUUCCGUUAAUAUCUCCUCAACGAAGCAUCAGACAACAUUUUCGCUAAGGAAAAAGUUGUUUCAAAUCACCUCCCGAACCACCCCUUUCAUGGUGUUACAACAUUUUUGGGACACGCUGUACAAUGGUUAUACAGACUAUAAAGUAUUUGAUUUUUCGAAAUUGCUCGAAAUUUAAUAUAAAAUACAUUGUAAGAGGGCGCAUCGGUUUCUCAAAGGGCGCGAACAAGCACGAAUUGGCGCGAAUACCUGCUACUACGUGUUAUUACUUUCUGAAAAAUCUAGUACCCUGUACCAAACAUGUACACCGACAUCGAAAUAUUGCUAAUACAUCCAAAAAUAAGGUGAAGUUUGUUAGUGUACAUUUGUAUACAGUUGCUAAGAAGACAAUUGUAAAAAAAAAAAAAGAAAGAAAGGUAACAAAUGUUUACAUUGUGGGAUUCAAAAUGCCAGUUGAUCAAAUACAAUAUUCUGAAAAAUACAGUGAUGAUAAAUAUGAAUAUAGGCAUGUUAUUUUGCCACUUGAUUUAGCGAGGCAUGUUCCAAAAACUCAUCUUAUGUCAGAAACUGAAUGGAGAAAUUUGGGAGUUCAACAAAGUCCUGGUUGGGUCCAUUAUAUGAUGCAUGUGCCAGAACCUCAUGUGCUACUGUUUCGUAGACCAAGGACUGAUUGUUUAAUAACUACAAGAUCCACAUCUUUUCAAAGGGAAUACUAAAGUGUACAUCAAGUUUAUUAUCUGUGUCUAAUAACUGAAAUAUUAUUUAGUGAAAUGUGUAUAUGAAACAUAAUGAUUUAAGACAAAUUAGAAGAAUUUAUAGUUUGAAUGACACUAUUGUAGUGAUCGAUUGUUAUAAUCAUGUUCUUGUUACACUUAAUAUGAUAAUUGUUGCUUUGUAAGUUUUGAAGCACAAUGUUUAAAUGGAUAAAGUUCGUUCAUGUAUAACUAAUUAGUAUUUGAGAUCUAAUAAUCUUCUGCCAACAUUUUUUCAUCAAAUAUGUAUAAAUAUCUAAUUAUUUUAAUUUGUACAAUUUUGCGAAAUUUGUAACAAUGUUUUGCUAAUCAUUGUAUAAAACAAAACAAAUCUGUGUAAAUAUUAUUGAUUAAAAAUGAUACAAUAUCUUGGAAUUUGUAAUUUGUUUCAAAAAACUUAAUACAAUGUAAGUACGUGUCAUUACACACUGAUGUAAUCAAAUUAUUUUGAAAUUAUAAAAUUAAUAGCACAACAUAGUUACCAUCGGCAUGUAAUUAAUCAAGCUAAUUUAAUUCAAUAUAAGCGUAUGUUAAGCUCUGUAUACAUAUAGCUUACUUAUUUAGAUUAAGUUUAAUGUAUUUAUUAAUAUAGUGUACUAAUAAAAUACUUGUUACCAAAAUUAUAAUCCUUUAUAAUAA